CAUGGAUCCCUGGCCGCCUCCUGACGAUGAAAAUUUGCGCACUACCAACCAAAAAGGCCAGCGAAAGAUAGCUCGAUGUAUCCAUCCGACGAUGGUCGCCGUGGUCCCAAAUCAAAAAGCAUGUGCUUGUGGUGGGCUGCAUCUUGGCGCCGUUUUGCAGCAUAAAUAAAUUCACCCACAUGAUUGCAGGCAUCGCCAACGGUCACUCCGAGGCUCACGUUGAUCUCAAGGACCAACCCCACAGCUUCGUCCAUCGCGUUUUGGGAAUCGUGUAUAUUAAAAGGGCGACAUCCAUCAACCGUGUCUCCUUUCCAGUUAUUCUCUCCGUUUUCCCUCUCUCCUCUCACCGUCAGACUUAAUAGAGUGUUUGUUUCCUGUCGUGUCCUCGAUAUUCACAUACCCCUCCAGCGUUCACCCUCUUACGUAGUUCCCACCCCACCAAAAAGAUACUGAAAAUGGCCGCUCCCGCUGAAAUCACCAUCCAGGACCUCAAUGGUCGCUUUUGCAUGGACAAAACCGUCUCAAAUGAUGCUGAUCCAAUUCUAUCACUCCAAGGGAUCUCCUGGUUGACCCGCAAGGCCAUCGGUAUCGCGACCAUUACCCUUCAUGUCAAGGAGUACAAGGACGAUGACGGUACUGUCCACAUCGAUAUCGCCCAGACUCUCACCGGUGGCAUUUCCGGCACCACCGAGCACCGCACCCUCAACUGGGACGAGAACGAACACUCCGACCACAUCUUCGGCACCGUCAAGGGCCGGUCCCGCUUCGUGCGAGGUGCUGCCGGCGCAGACGGCAAGAUUCGCCCAGCCGUCGAAGUGCAGACAAAGGCUGGAAACGAAAAGGAUCAAGAGGCCGUCGCCCGGUUCUUGAGUGGAGAGAUCCUGGCGGAUGGAUCCGCGACUGAAGGAUUCGUGGCCGGUGAGGGAGAGGACUACUGGGUGCACAGCUGGGUGGAGAGCGUGAACGAUGGCUGGACCGCAGAGCAGAUUUGGGGUUUCGAAAACAUCAACGGCGUGAGAAAAUAUACUCGCCGCGUCGUGGCUGAGAAGAAGGGCAAGGUCAUCAAGGCCAGAUUGGUCUACGACUUCCUUGGCCGCGAGGCAUAAGCAGGCCCUUCCUUUAUAUAACUACCUGGAUUUUUUGGAUCGUCCCUUACAUGAUUCAAAUUGGGUUUCUUCCACCGGAAAUAUCCCCGCCGGCGACAAAUGCCCUUCCCCACUUUUCCAUGUGGGAAUUUUGUUUUAAGCUAACUAUCCUCUUGGAUUACAUCUUCUGCAUCUACCCCAAUGCGCCGCAUAUACUAGGCGAUAGAGGAACUGGUACCGGUUUUUCUUUUUUCGGUUAGCUGUCUGAUGAAAGACAUAUUUUCUUUUAGAGUAUAAACAAUAUAAACAACUUUUCUUUGCUUGUUCA